GUCCUCGGCGGCAGGCACCCGGACUUUGGGUGCCCCGCGGGGCGGGUGGCCCACAGCCGGCAGCCAGGAUGGUGCAGCUGUACAACCUGCACCCGUUCGGAUCGCAGCAGGUGGUGCCCUGCAAGCUGGAACCCGAGCGUUUCUGCGGAGGAGGCCGCGACGCGCUUUUCGUGGCGGCGGGCUGCAAGGUGGAGGCGUUCGCUGUGGCGGGCCAGGAGCUGUGCCAGCCGAGAUGCUCCUUCUCCACUCUGGGCCGAGUGUUGCGCAUGGCUUACAGCGAGGCGGGAGACUAUUUGGUAGCAAUUGAAGAGAAAAACAAAGCUACAUUUCUACGGGCGUAUGUGAACUGGAGAAGUAAAAGGACAGAGAACGCCCGCGUGUGUAUUCGAAUGGUUGGUCAUGAUGUGGAGGCAUCUUUCAGGGAAACCUUCAGAGACCAGAUGUCUAUUGUUGAAAUGCCGCUUUCUGAGGCCCCCCUGUGCAUUUCCUGUUGCCCUGUGAAAGGAGACCUCCUUGUCGGCUGCACAAAUAAGUUAGUCUUAUUCAGUUUGAAGCGUCAUACCAUCGAUGAGGAGUUCUCCCUGUUGGACUUCGAACGCUCUUUAAUUAUACACAUAGAUAAUAUCAUGCCUGUCGAAAUUUCUUAUUGUGUUGGACAUGUUGGUGUCAUGUCAGACUUGGAAGUCUUAAUCCUAAAACUGGAGUCAGACGCUAAAAUUGCAGAAAGAGUUAACCACCAUUCUCGUAAGGCCAGCAAUCCAGUGAAACAGACAGAAAAAGGCAUUAAUAAUGAAAUUUCACAGCUUGAGUCAGAUGAUUUUGUGAUCUGCCCAAAACCCAUGGAACUUCUUGGUAAAAAAAGCGAACAGUCUGGAUUAUCUAUUACACUGGAAUCUACGGGAUUAGCUGAUGAAAAACUGCAGUAUGUCCAUGUUCAGCACCUGCUGUAUAGACGUUUUGCUCCUGAUAUUUCAGCCUAUGUCUUACCCGAUGACAUCAAGUUGCAUUCCCUUCAGCUGCUACCCAUUUACCAGACAGACCUCCUGCAGUACAUGGAUACCACCCUGAAGGCUUGCCCACCUAUCAGUAUGGAUGUCUGUGCUUUAAGAAUACAGCUUUUCAUAGGCUUGAAAGCCAUCUGUCACUUUAAAAACCACGUUAUACUUUUGACUAAGGCUGAACCUGAGGCCAUUCCAGAGAGAAGAGACUCCCCCAGGAGGCUUCUUUCUAGAAAAGAUACCAGUGGUAAGAGCAAAAUACCUCCUGUAGCUGAGGCUGGGUGGAAUUUAUAUAUUGUGAAUACAGUCUCACCAGUGCAACUGUACAAAGAGAUGGUAGACUAUAGCAAUACCUAUAAGACGGCCAAAACCCAGAGCUGCAUUCAUCUUCUCAGCGAGGCUCAUCUGUUGGUGAGAGCUGCCCUGAUGGAUGCCAGUCAGCUGGAACCCGGAGAGAAAGCAGAGCUUUUGGAAGCAUUUAGGGAAAGCUGUGCGCACCUUGGGGACUGUUACAGCAGGCUUGACACCCAGCAUUCCCACCUCACCUUGCCAUACUAUAAGAUGUCUGGAUUGUCUUUGGCUGAAGUUCUGGCCCGUGUGGACUGGACAGUAGAGGAUAUGUCCCAGAAAUAUGAGAGGGGGUUAAUCUUUUAUAUCAACCAUUCACUUUAUGAAAACCUGGAUGAAGAAUUAAGUGAAGAAUUAGCAGCGAAAGUGGUUCAGAUGUUUUAUGUGGCUGAGCCGAAGCAACUUCCCCAUGUCCUCUGUAGUCCCUCUGUGAAGAAUAUUAAUCCUUCCACGGCCAUGAGCUAUCUAAGGAAGCUGGACGUUUCUGGGUUGUCAUCGAUCCUAUUGACAUUGACUAAGGCAGCAGUGGCUCUGAAAAUGGGAGAUCUUGAUGUGCACAGAAAUGAAAUGAAAAGCCAUUCAGAGAUGAAGUUGGUUUGUGGCUUCAUUCUGGAACCUCGACUGUUGAUUCAACAGAGGAAGGGACAGGUCAUUCCCACCGAGCUUGCGAAUCACCUGAAGGAGACUCAGCCUGCCUUGCUUGUGGCUGCAGUGCUGGGCUUGCAGAAGAACAACAAAAUUGGAAUCGAAGAAGCAGAUUCCUUUUUUAAGGUGCUUUGUGUUAAAGAUGAAGAUACGAUUCCUCAGCUCCUGGUGGACUUCUGGGAAGCUCAGCUAGUGGCGUGUCUCCCAGAUGUGGUGCUUCAGGAACUCUUUUUUAAACUCAUAUCACAAUAUAUCUGGAGGUUAUCUAAGAGGCAGCCUCCUGACACCACACCACUGCGAACGUCAGAAGAUCUGAUAAACGCCUGCGGUCAUUAUGGCUUAAUCUAUCCAUGGGUUCAUGUCUUAAUGUCAUCUGAUUCCUUAGCUGAUGAAUAUUAUACAGGAGAUCUUUCAAAAUUGCAGUCUCUUAUAUGUGGUCCUUCAUUUGACAUAGCUUCCAUUAUUCCGUUCUUGGAACCACUCUCAGAAGACACUGUUGCCGGCCUCAGUGUCCAUGUUCUGUGUCGUACGCGCUUGAAAGAGCAUGAACAGUGCCUAGACGUCCUGUUAGAGAGGUGCCCGGAGGCCGUCAUCCCAUAUGCUAAUCACGAACUGAAAGAAGAGAAUCGGACUCUGUGGUGGAAAAAACUGUUGCCUGAACUUUGUCAGAGAAUAAAACAUGGUGGAGAGAAAUACCGGCUUUACUUGUCAUUAUUAAAAGAAACAUUGUCAGUUGUCGCUGUGGAAUUGGAACUAAAGGAUUUCUUGAAUGUUCUCCCAGAAGAUGGCACUGCAGCAUUUUUCUUGCCUUAUCUUCUUUACUGUAGUCGAAAGAAAUCAUUGACGUGAAGGUAUCAUUUGAAAAACCCCAUGGUGGCAUUUGAGACUGAAUUUCUGAAAGUUAAUGCCAAGUAAAAACACAAGUAAAGGAUUUGUAUUUUAUGGUGUAUCUUAAAGGUGUCUUAUAUGUAAAUAAAUGUUUUUAGGCUGCGUACUUGACUGAGUAGUGGUAGCUAUCAGUUUCUUUAUUUAUGACCUGAACCCAUUUAACUGUCCAGAAUAUAAAAAAAUCAUCAAGACAUUAAGAAUUCCUCAAAGAAGCCAUGUAUUUUUAAAGGCAGAGACUGACUUAUUCAAAGGGACAACAGCAGUUCACUCUUGUUGGAGACGGGAAAAUCCUUGUCAUCCCAAGAAUACUUUAAGGAAACAUUUUGCAAAUAUGCUUGAAAGAAUGUCACUUUCAGUGGCCCAGAAUUUUAUCUUCUUGAUUUUUCCAUAUUUCUCUAUCAGAUCCAUUUAACAAGAAUUUUCUUUGAAAAAGAUGUUAAUGUUUUGCCAAAGUAAAACUAUUCAAAUCUUUUCUUGUUUUUGUUGUUGUUGUUACUUUAAGAAAACUCAGGCUGCUUUUUCCUUGAGUCAAAUGAAGUAGAAAUUUA